AUGUCGAGUACAUCACAAAAACAUAAAAAUUUUGUUGCUGAACCAAUGGGUACAAAAUCAGUAACCGAGCUUGCUGGCGUUGGUGAUGUUCUUGGUAAAAGAUUAGAACUUGCUGGUUUUGAUAAGGCAUAUGUUGUUCUUGGUCAAUUUCUUGUAUUAAAAAAAGACAGGGAAUUAUUUCAAGAAUGGAUGAAAGAUACUUGUGGUGCAUCUACAAAACAUUCAAGUGAUUGUUAUCAAUGUCUCAGUGAUUGGUGUGAAGAAUUUAUGUAAAAUUAUAAAACUUUUAUAAAUAAUUAUAUUAAAAGUCAA